CAACUUGCCGGUCAGGAAAACAAUGAAAUACUUGUUUCAAAUGACUGUGUGAAGGCUACACUGUGUAACUCUACUUACAUUGUUAGCUUAGUGACAUAACUCCAUUGCACAAUGGGCUUAUCAACACGUUUGUCGCUUCCACUUCAAUUUUCACUUUUAAUGGGGUCACAUUGCUACACGACAAUGACAUUGUAAUAGUAUGAAUCGUGUUUUCGUUAAGUGGCGUAGCAGUGAUGGUCAGUACAUUUGUCUGCAUUGCUGGUUGGCUUUGAUAAACUUGAAUUCUGUCACACCGAAGAGACAAGAAGCAAGACUGAUUGACAUUGGCAAUGACAGAACAGUAGGCCUAUAGGCAAAUUAAAGGCGUCAGAAGUAAUACUACAAUGACUCUCCACAAACUCUGAUGUGCACAUCUCUAAUGUGAGAAGGACAGAAUUCAACCCAGAAUUGCAAGUUACAAACAUGCUCUUCACUCUUGUCUAUGCCUAUCUGAGCUUUGUUCUGAAAUGGAAGAACCGGAGGAGAAGAAUGAAAUUUUUCCGAUUGAUGCGAAGUUUGUGUCGACAUUCGAGUAUUAGUGCUAUUCAAGGCUCGGCGUAUGCUGACUCUGCCGGUGGGUCAGUGUUUCAGAGAGUGCCUAAUAAUGAGGCCUUGGAGCUGGUGACUGAGAGUGAAGGCAGAGUGGAGGUGGGACCAAAGACUGUUCUUGACUUGAAAGGCUGGACAUUAUACAUGGGGGUGUCUCCAGAGGAAGUAAAAGCAGAUGGGAAUCAAUACAUCUUGUUUGAGGCUGUUUCCAGACCUGAUCCAACUCCACCUGGCUGUUCUUUAAUGAAGGUAACUGAUUAUGGAACUCCACUAGCCUGGAAGUCCGGCCCACCCUUCAAUUUUUUGAUGCGCUGUAACCUAGACAACCUGGUCACCUUGGUGAUGGGAAUGAUUGACAGGCGACUAACGGCUGAAGAUAAUCUAGACAUUCAGUCUUUGACAACUGUACAGGUGAAAGGUCAUGCAGAUAGAUUAAUCCAGACACAUUCCCCAGCCUCUGUGUGGAAAUCCAACGCCGGUGGGGAGAUGCCGGAAGCCAAUUCUGUGGGGAGCUCUAAUGAGUCCCUUGCCUCAGUUGGGAGAGAGAGUCUUGAUCUGCAGCAGUUAUCUGCCCUUUCUGAGUCAGCAGAUAUAGAUAUGUGUGAUGAGGAAAUUCAGAAUGUUCUUGAUUCAGAGAGUGAUGAUGGGGAUUAUGCAGCUGGAGAAGCCAUGGCAGAAUUCUCAGAAGAUGCCAACUUGGAGGUUGAAGGAGCAACUAGCAAUGGCUUCCAGAGAAAUGUUGACACAGACCAUUCCAAGCCUCCAAAUAUCUUGAUAUACUGUGGCAAGAAAGACUCGUCUCGAAAGUUCGAAGGCGUUCGUCAGAUUUUUGCCCAGUGCCUUCACCCAGAGCGUUAUGUGAUAUAUCACCUAAAACAUGACCAGGUUCAUACCACACCAUGGAAAGAAAACUCUGCUCUUCUCAUCCUCUCCUCGGAGAAACUGUAUGAUGGUGUGGAUGAGGCAGUCUAUAAGUACUUCAGAAAUGGUGGAAAAGUGCUCAGUUUUUGCAGUUCUUUGGACAAUUUCAUCAUCAAACGAGAUCCCUACCAAGACUCGCCUAUGAACGUACUGCUGUUGAAUUGUGGGAAGAGAAUUAACGUGACAGUGAUUGGUGGUCGCUUUGCUUACGGACAUAUCAAAGAUGGUUUGAUGCGGCCCAAUGACAUCAGCAGCAUAGAUGUACUGGGGGUGGCGAGUGAGUUUGGGGAUAAACCUGUAAUUAUUAAAGCCAAGGCAGAACAGAAAGAUUCUGAGAAAAGUGGAGUUGCUAUUUUGUCACAGGUUUAUCUGGACAAGGACCCGGGAGAGAUGGGAAUCAGUACAAAGAUCUUUACUCUGCUGAAAGAGUCUAACCCAGCCAAAUUUGAGAUCAUCUCUGAUUUGCUAGAACAGCUGGGUAUGGACUGUACUAGAGUGUCCCUGCCUCGGCUUACCCCAGGGAUCCUCCUAGCUAAACAGAAGACGAGUAUAUCUCAUGUGCUUGAGUCCCUGUCUGCCAGGAUGAAGGAUAGAAUCAUCAGAACUCCCAAGAAGACGUUACAGUUUGUGGAAGAGGGCGGUGAAGGCGGCCAAUGGCCUGUGACAGAGGACACUUUACCUGUCUACUCCAGCCUCAGUAACUGUCCACACAAAGCCAAGUACUUCAAUGCAGACAGAUUCUUCACACACCUGAAGACAGAAUCUCUGGGUCAGGUGAUCCUCUACACUGAUGUGGUCCCCACAACCAUGACCCUUAUAGAUGGGAUGAUGUUUUCACUGCCGAGUGACGUGGGUUUGGUUGCUAUAGCUGGGCGUCAGACAAGUGGGAGAGGUCGUGGAGGCAAUGCCUGGAUCAGCCCGGUAGGAUGUGCUAUGUUUACAGCCCAUGUUCGAUUCACGGUGGAGUCCCUGUUAGGACAGAGGGCUGCCUAUUUACAACACAUCACAGCAGUGGCUGUUGUACACAGUAUCAGACAACUUAAACCUUAUCAGGAUGUUGACCUUCGCGUGAAAUGGCCUAAUGACAUUUACUUUGGGCAGAGCAUGAAGCUGGGUGGAGUUAUUGUUACCUCGUCCGUCACAAAUGGGGUCAUGCACGCCCUUGUGGGUUGUGGUUUCAAUGUUUCUAAUAGUAACCCAACGAUUUGCAUCAGUGACAUCAUUCAACAGCAUAACCAGGAGAAUGGGACAAAUUUACAGCCCUUAAGCACGGAAGAGCUAUUAGGAAGGGUGAUAACUACGAUGGAAACUUUGAUAAAUGAAUUUCAGAAGAAUGGCUGUGAGCCAUUCUGUGAUCUCUACUACAAAUACUGGCUUCACAGCGGUAGCCGAGUGAGGGUGGAGGCUGAAGACGAGCAGGAGGUGACCAUCCAGGGAUUGGACGAACACGGCUACCUAAAGGUUAUGACCUCCAGUGGAGAGCCACUCAGCCUGCAGCCCGAUGGAAACACCUUUGACAUGCUACGAAAUCUCAUCAGCAUUAAAGCCAGAUAGAAGUAAUAUCACACCUGUAUGUAACUGUAAAGGUUUGAUUUAAACAGCUCAGAUUCCAUUGUGAGGUCACAUCAACCUUGUCACCUUGACUAUACAGGUUAGUACAUCCUUGGCUGUCAUAGUCACUGUAUAUGUCUGUCUGCUGUUGUUUUGUUUAACUUUUAUAAAAAAAAGUAGUGCUUUAAAAUGUCAUACUGUAAAGCUGUGUAAAUAAAUACAGGAGAGUGCUUAUUUCCACAAAAAGUUUAAAAUCUUCUGACCAUUUCUCACCAGUCGUACUUUGCCCACAUGUAUAUAUUCAAUUUAGUACUUUCAUGAUGCCAUCGUUUGCUUUUUUUUUCAAUGACAAACACUUUUUAAUACUUAUACACCCUCGUGUGUAGAUGUGAUUUCAAAUCAGCUUUCCAAGGGGUGCAUAUUAAGGACUGGUUAUCUCCCUUGGUUUGAGAUCUUCUGUUCUACAGACUGAACAAGACAGUCUUCCUUUUUUUUUUUUUCACCAGCUUAUAUUUUCGUACGCAUUUGAAUGCCACAAACAUUAGUAGCAUUUUAUUCUUGGCACAGAAAAAAUAUAAAUGACACAGUAUAGCGAGUCAUAUUGCAAUGACAGUAUUGUGAUGGCUUCUUUUCAUUCCUAUCCACUGUAAAGAUGCAACCUGCUCAUUGUCGUGGGUUUCCCCCGGGCUCUGCGCGGUUUCCACCCACCGUAAUGCUGGCCGCCGUCGUGUAAGUGAAAUAUUCCUGAGUACGGUGUAAAAUAUCAGUCAGUUAGUCAUUCUAAAGAUGUUUCAUUUUCAAAAAGGGUUAAGAAUAGGUCAGAAAGAUUUAAGUCUACACAGAUACAGAUUUGUGCUAGGUUUGUACAAAAAUGUUUUUUCUUUUCUUUAGAUCUUUUGGGUAGAACAAUAGAAAUGAGGAUAAUCUUGAGGUCAGUUAAUUGUUCUAUAUAUUUUUUAGGUUCACCCAACAUCGAUACAUCACUGUAUCUGUAAAUUAUUAUGGUGAUAAUAAAUCUGUUUGACGGAUUUAUUAUUUUCAUUUUUGACCAGAAAUAAUAUUGAACAUUAUAUAUGUUAUAUAAUAUAUGUUAUAUAUAUAUGUUAUAUUAUAUGAAUAUUUGUUUAUUAGAUUGUUGUCUUGCUGUGAAUUUGAUAACUAUAACCAAAAUAAGAAUAUUAUUUGUAUACAUAUGAAACAAUUAUGUAAUUGUCAUACAGUGUAUGACAACACAAAGGAAUUAUUGGUUUGAUGGUUAGUUUGUUAAAAGACUGUUCUUUUGUUGUUUGUGAUGCCGUAGUUUUGUUACGAGUUCCUUCGUGUGAGUAAACAAAUUGCUUGUGGAUACAGUCUUUCUGGAUGUACAGAAACCAUACAGAUCUGUAAAACAGUCCUGUUCAUAUUUUUAAAAUGUUGGUGAAAUUUGACAGUGGAUUUUAAGUAGCAAAUAAUUUAUCAGUGUUUAAUUUGGGCCAACAUUAUAUUCGAUGAAAGAAUGCAUUGUGUGGAACAAAUAACUGUAAAAUUUGAUGAAGCUCAUUCCAUUUUGACUGAAACAGAGUAGAAUCUUUUUGUAUACACAGUUGUUUGUAACAUAGUGGUUGUUACUGUUUCUACAGAAAGCAUCAUGAGCUUCAUUAAAAGGAUUAUUAACUGAUAUAAGGUACUCCUUGCACUCAGUGUUUUGUUUUGUAACAUCUAAAGGAAUUGUUGUUCACACUGGUUUUCAUUCAGUCAUUCUCUUUCUAGGUGGAAAAAGUUGAAUGUAUGUACUGAGAGAAAAAUUUUGACUUAUUCAAUAAA